AUGCGCUCCGCCAACGACACCAAGCACGAGGAGGCGGUCGACGCGUCGUGGGAAGCCUCCCGCGGCGCUGUCGUGGGCGCCGUCAAGUGGGGCCUUGCCACGGCUGUCCUCGGCGGCAUCGGGUAUGCCAUGUCGCCGGUGUAUCGGGGGCUCACGAUUCAGUUUAAGGUAUACAUCCAAAUGUCGGGCAUGGUACUGGGGAGCAUGAUCGAGGCGGAUUCGAGGUUACGGCAGUACGAGGCGCGGAUGAGGGUGCAGAGGCGGUUGGCGAGCGAGCGAGCUUACUGGGAAAGGUUUGAGAAGGAGUACGGAAAGGAUGAUGAUGAAUAG